AUUUGUAUAAAUCGGCUUCAUAGUCUUAUAUUUGACUCUAUUUUCAAUCUCAGAACUCAAAUUACCAAUAAAAAAAUUCCGUCUGCAGCAACUCCAGUAAUAAGAUCCGGUGCAAUGAUGGGUUCACUGCGUGCCCUUAAUAAUAUCAAUCAAUCUGCAAGUCCUAAAAAGCACUCAACUCAACCACUAGGAUCAAAAUCCCGACCACCGAGUUCUGCCUCACUCCGAAAUAGCCUAGUUGCCAAGGAAAGUAAAAGCGAUAUCAGUUUCACGGAGAUACCUCUACGCAGAGUUCAAAGCUCCAUGGAACUUCGCAAUCUCACGUUCCAGACGUGGUGUGAGAGGAGGGGAAAACAGUAUCUGGUGGAAAGGAGAAAAGAGCAACUUAAACGACAACAGGAGGAGGAAGAGGCAGAAAAAUUGAAAGCAGAGAGAUCCAAACAAAAUGCGGAGAUAUUUGCAAUGUGGCUGGCGAAGAAGCAACAACAAGCGAUCGAGGCAAAGAAAAAACGCCUAAAAGAGGAAGAAGCGAAACGAGAAGUAGAGGAGAACAAGAAACACCUCAAAGCGGAAACAGAGAAGGCUUUUGAAGCGUGGAAGAGUAAGAAAGAGGCGCAAAUGGAACGACGGCACUCCAUUUCCUACGUGAAUAGGGAGAAAGCAGCAGAGGAAUUAAGAGCCAAAUUAGAGAAAUCAAUAGCUGCUCAUCUUGCUUUUGAAGAAUGGUAA